AUGAAGUCCGGCUAUUUGGUUGCCUGCUUUGUCGCUGUGGCAUUGACUACUAUUGCCACCCAAGGAGACGCACAGAAUUCGACAAAUCCUCCACCACCCCCUGAGAAUUCGACAAAUCCUGCUCCAGCGCAACAGAGUCUAGUAAGGCCCGUCCUUCCGCACCCACACGGCUGUGAUUGUAAAGGUGAAUGCAAGAAACUUCGUCAUGGUCAAGUUCCGUACAAACUCGCGGUAAGUAAAAAAAAAAAAAAAACUAGUGGCAAGACUUCAAACUUUGAGAUAAACUCUAAAUUUCGAUUUGUAAAAUACUUUAAAAUAAUUGAAAUUAAUUCCGAACUUCUAACUAAAGACUUUAGUUACAUUUGUCUCGAAAUCAAGAAAUGUACCUAAUAUGCACAGAAUGUUGAUAAAAUCACAUACCAAAGGCCUCGUUUCCAUUUUAUCCAGACGCUAAGUCAGUACUACAUACCAUAUUUAAAUGAAGAAAUCAGAGAGGAAAAAAGAAAUUUCACGAAAAUGCCUUCACUUUAGCUUUCACAUAUCUAGAGAAAUGUUAGAAAAACGCGAAUUUCACAGUCAAAGUAACUGCUUUGCAAAGAAGGGAAUCAAUUUAUUUUGCCAAGGAAAAUAUCUAUAUCUUUGCGAUAUCUUUUGAAUUGCUUACCCUAGGAGAUGGUACGCUCCUGUUACCCUGUGCUUUCCUUUGACAAUAUCGCUUAACAUAUUUGUAUUUUGCUAACUUCAUUACGGUACACUCCUGACCUUGUAAGAUACGAUUUUAUUUGGUUAAUUGUUUUAUUUAAUUUUUCAGGACAUACACAACUACCUCAGCUACGAAAAUUAUCCCAUCUUGUGCCGUUCAGCAUCGAGUAAUUAUUACGGUAAACCACCAAAGAAGUAUGUCUGCAAACAAACCUUCGAUUGCUGUCGUUGGUGCAACGCAUUUUUCUACAAAUGCUUGAAGGUUUACAACUUCGGCUAUUGUAUUCGUAGCUCCUACAAAUGCAUGUGCCGGUGUAUCGACAAUUCCAACAGAAAGGAGCUGCCGUAUUACAUCCCGGCGGGCAGAAAGUAACUUUAUAAUCAAAGCUCUUACGAACACAAUCGACAAUCGAUGAGUACAUGACUCGUUUUAAGCCCUCUUGAUACUUGUAAACAAUUUAAAUAAGUGAUUUUUAGACGGAAUAAGUGAUUUUUAGACGGAAAUAGCAUCGGCUUUAGCACUAGCUAGUUGAAAAACCAGAAAGACUUCUCUGUUUACUACAAAUAAAGCCACUCAUUUGUUUGUAAGACGUAUUUUGGUUGUUAAUAACUUUGCAUUUGUCAUAGACAGUAUCGCGGUAAGUCAAAAAAAAAAAAAAAAAAACUAGUGGCAAGACUUCAAACUUUGAGAUAAACUCUAAAUUUCGAUUUGUAAAAUACUUUAAAAUAAUUGAAAGUAAUUCCGAACUUCUAACUAAAGACUUUAGUUAAAUGGUAAUGCCCUGAGAAUUCGAACGUCCACAUUUGUCUCGAAAUCAAGAAUUGACCUAAUAUGCACAGAAUAUUGAUAAAAAUCACAUACCAAAGGCCUCGUUUCCAUGUUAUCCAGACGCUAAGUCAGUACCACAUACCAUAUUUAAAUGAAGAAAUCAGAGAGGAAAAAAUAAAUUUAACGAAAAUGCCUUCACUUUAGCUUUCACAGAUCUAGAGAAAUGUUAGCAAAACGCGAAUUUUACAGUCGAAUCGAAGUUACUUUGCAAAGCACGAAAUCAAUUUAUUUUUUCAAGGAAAAUACCUAUAUCUUUGUGAUACCCUUUGAAUUGCUUACCCCAGGAGCUGAAAGGCUUUACCCCGACUAGUGCGCUUUCCUUUGACAAUAUCGCUUAACAUAUUUGCAUUUUGCUAACUUCAACGGUACACUCCUGACCUUGUAAGAUACGAUUUUAUUUGGUUAAUUGUUUUAUUUGAUUUUUCAGGACAUACACAACUACCUCAGCUACGAAAAUUAUCCCAUUCUGUGCCGAUCAGCAUCGAGUAAUUAUUACGGUAAACCGCCAAAGAAGUAUGUCUGCAAACAAACCUUCGAUUGCUGUCGCUGGUGCAACGCAUUUUUCUACAAAUGCUUGAAGGUUUAC